AUGUUCUGGCAAUCUGCUCUCGCCGCCGCCCUGUUCGGCAUGCACGCACAUGCCGGCAUCGACGGCAUGGCCUCCUCCGGCGGCAUGAUGGCCGAACGAGACACCGACCAGCUCGAGCAGCGCAUGGCCGCGAUGAUGGGGGACAGCCUCGGAUCGAUCGACAACCCGUCGCUCGGCUUUGCCAAGCGUGAGACGGCAAAUUCGUCGGUGGCCAGCGACGUCAUCCUCAAUGCCGACGGCACCAUCGACAUGACUGCCUGGGACGCCACUGUCGAGGCGGCUUGCGUCUCGGCCCUCAGCAAGCUGGCCCAGUCGUCCAAUCCGUCGGGUGCCUGCACCUGCUACAACCUUCUCGUCCUGAACAAUGCCACCGGUACCUUUGAGGCCGACCUGCGGCUCUACCAGCUGUCUGCUGCGCGAGACGAGUUUGCCGGCAUCGCUCCCGACAAGAUCAUGGUUGGCCUUAGCUACACCGGCGCCUCGGUCUCGCCCGUCUCGACUGGCACCACCUCCUCGAACAUCUCUGCACGGCAGGCCGCUGCCAACAUGACCAUGGCCACCACCAACUCAGACCUCAAGCUGCUGCAGACGUACAUGUUUGUGGGCCAGAUCAAGAAGGAAGCCCUGACCGGGAACCUGACCAUGGCCGCUCUCGAAGCGCUCGUCAUGCCCAUUGUCACGCUUACCGGCAUCAACAGCACCGGCAGCACUGUCUCAACCAACGUCUCGUCCAAUGAGGCCUCGUUCGUCGCCGGCAUCUUCAGCGACCAGGUCGUCCUGUCCAAGUCGGCCAUUGCCGCAGUUGCCGUCAGCGCUAUCAUCGAGGAACUGCACAACGGCACCGUCGCCUUUGUUCUCCCUGGCGUCCAGCUCAUCUUGUUCCCGGUCGGCCUGAUCAUCACUAGCAUCUGGCUCGUCAUCGGUGUGGCUUUUAUUGGCUUCGGUACCUACGAGCGCAUCAACUAUCGCGAGCAGUACAACCGCCGGACAACCAAUGCAGACAGGCCUGCACCGAACAGGAUAUAA